AUGUUCAAAAAAAUCGUCCUCAUUGGCGCCACGGGCUCCAUCGGUAGCGUUGUCCUGGCUGCCCUGGAGAAGGAGCCCAGCUUUACCAUUACCCUCAUACAACGUGCCUCUUCCAAGGCCAAGUUGCCUGCGCACCUCAAGGCAAUCACAGUCCCUGACUCGUACCCUACGGACGAGCUGAUUCCUGCAUUUCAAGGUCAGGAUGUUGUUAUAAACUGCAUGACCUCGUUAUCGGUGGCCGAUCAGUUUCGCAUCAUUGACGCGGCCAUUGCGGCGGGCAUACGUCGCUAUGUGCCUAGCGAGUAUGGUCUCAACAACAUGAGACAUGACGCCCAAGCACUGAACCUGGUCUUUCACGAUAAAGGUAAGAUUCAAGAGUACCUCCGAGCCAAAGCUCAAGAAGGGGUUAUUGAGUGGAUGAGCAUAUCGUGCGGCAUGUGGAUUCGUUGGUCUAUGGCAAAUGACUUCCUUGGUAUGCACAUUGGCCAGCGACGAUUUGUCUUUUGGGAUGAUGGCGAAGGAUACUUCUCUUGCACAACCGAGGAGAACUCAGCUCAGGGCUUAGUUAACGCUUUGCUUGCCGCUGGUACUGAUCGCGAUGUCUGGAAGAAUACCAAUAUCUAUCUGAGCGACUUCGCUAUCACUCAAAAGCAACUUCUUGAAGCCAUCGAGCGUAUCCAAGGUGUCAAGUACGCCACAGAGAGCAUCGAUAGCAAGAGUUUCAUUGAGGAGAAGCAGGCUUCCGUGGCUGCCGGAGAUGUCAAGGCCACCUUUGCCCUUAUAGAGACCGGAUUUGUCACAGGGCGUUAUGGUGGCCACCUCGAGAAAGAGGGCGGGAUCCAGAAUGACAAGCUUCAUUUGCCUAAAAGGACGCUGGAUGAGGUGGUCGAGGCUGCAUUGAAGGCAUACGGUGCUACUUGA